CGCGCACUCGCGCGUGUGUCAGGGGACCGCUGACGGGCGUACGCUCUUGUGCGGAGCCGGAGGCGGGGGCCGGACCAGCUCUGGGCUGCGGGGGCCGCGGGGCCGAGGAAGAAGGAGGGCGGGGCCAGCUCCGGGACCGCGGCGGCUACACACAGAGCGAGCGCCUGGGCCGGAGGGGAGCGAUGCUGUGGUUCCAGGGCGCCAUUCCGGCCGCCAUCGCGUCGGCUAAGAGGAGCGGCGCGGUCUUCGUGGUGUUCGUGGCAGGUGAUGAUGAGCAGUCCACACAGAUGGCUGCAAGUUGGGAAGAUGAGAAAGUAACAGAAGCAUCUUCAAACAGUUUUGUUGCUAUUAAAAUUGAUACCAAAAGUGAAGCCUGCCUGCAGUUUUCACAAAUCUAUCCUGUAGUGUGUGUUCCAUCUAGUUUCUUUAUUGGAGACAGUGGAAUUCCCUUGGAAGUAAUAGCAGGAAGCAUUUCUGCAGAUGAACUUGUUACAAGAAUUCACAAAGUUCGACAGAUGCAUUCACUAAAAGGUGAAACAUCUGUGGCAAAUGACAGCCAGACAGAAAGUUCAGUCUCUACUCCAUCUGCCUCAUAUGAACCUAACAACACUUCUGAAAAUUCUCCGUCCAGAGAUGUUGAACUUUGUGAGAUACCACCCACUUCUCCUGAUACGAAGUCAGAUACUGCAUCAGGAGGAGGAAGUUCAGACCAUGCCACUCCCUCUCAGGAGCUUAGUGGAUAUUCAAACCAGAGACCUGCAGAGGACCUCACCGUCCGAGUGGAAAGACUAACAAAAAAACUUGAAGAAAGGAGAGAAGAGAAAAGGAAAGAGGAAGAACAGAGAGAGAUUAAGAAGGAAAUUGAGAGGAGAAAAACUGGAAAAGAAAUGUUGGAUUAUAAAAGGAAACAAGAAGAAGAAUUAACAAAAAGAAUGUUAGAGGAAAGAAAUAGAGAAAAGGCAGAAGAUAGGGCUGCACGAGAGCGUAUAAAACAGCAGAUCGCAUUGGACCGUGCAGAGAGAGCUGCUCGUUUCGCAAAGACAAAGGAAGAAGUAGAGGCUGCCAAGGCUGCUGCAUUGCUGGCUAAGCAGGCAGAAAUGGAAGUCAAGAGGGAAUCUUACGCGAGAGAAAGAAGCACUGUUGCAAGAAUUCAAUUCCGUCUUCCUGAUGGUUCUUCCUUUACAAACCAGUUCCCUUCUGAUGCUCCUCUAGAAGAAGCAAGGCAGUUUGCAGCACAGACUGUUGGCAACACUUAUGGUAACUUUUCGCUAGCAACAAUGUUUCCCAGGAGGGAAUUUACCAAAGAAGAUUAUAAAAAGAAAUUAUUGGAUUUGGAACUUGCCCCAAGUGCUUCAGUGGUACUCUUACCAGCAGGAAGACCAACUACAUCCAUCGUACAUUCUUCCAGUGGAGACAUUUGGACAUUAUUGGGGACAGUACUUUACCCAUUUCUUGCCAUCUGGAGAUUGAUUAGCAAUUUCUUAUUUAGUAACCCUCCUCCCGCACAGACUUCAGUGCUAGCAACAUCAUCGGAAUCCUCAAACCCUGCAUCAUCUAACAAAUCGGAAAAAAGGGAACCAGUCAGAAAAAGAGUGCUGGAAAAACGCGGAGAAGACUUUAAAAAGGAGGGGAAGAUAUAUAGGUUGAGGACUCAAGAUGAUGGUGAAGAUGAAAACAACACUUGGAAUGGAAAUUCUACUCAACAGAUGUAGUGGGACAAGUACAAUAUGUGCAAUAAUCAUUGUUUCUCUUAUGAUUUAAUUCAACUAAAAUUCUGGAGAAGUGGGACUGCUUUAUGUUUUCCAACUGAUUAUAGAGUGUCUCUUUAUUACUGCUUAGUGGGUGUGGAUUAAAGUUGUUUAACUCAGAAAAGCCAAGAUACAAAAUAACUGGCUGCUAGGUCCCUGCAUAUGGUAACCAACUGUUAGAACCCUAAAAGAAUCAGAGGCCUGCUGCAGCCUCCCUGUCAGCUUCUUAUCCAGUAUUUCAUAUCCCGUUAGGCCUGUGCUCUCAGGUGACACGUUUUGUUUAGAGCUAUUUUGCGCCAAGAUUCUCAAGCACACACAAAGUAACUGGUAUGUCACUGAGUAAUUUGACUUUGAGGCAGAGCAUUUUAACUAGUCAAUCAAAUGACAGUUGUUAUUUAACUUUCUCUUUUUUGCUCAUCAGCUGCAAGCAAAAUCUUGUAGUUUUUAAUCUUACCUAAAUACCAAAUAAAAAAUCUUUUCCAAAAAUCGGAAUGAUCUUAUUUUUGCUUUCAGUUUUGUUAUGCUAGCAUAUUUUUAUUGCACAGGUCAUGUGUCUGACUUUUCCCCAGUACUGCCCUGGAGCUGUCUUGGGAAGUAGCGACCACUUACCUUAAAUAUAUCACUGAAGAAAGAAAUUUUCGAACACACAUUGAUGCGAUGUUACCGUCUCCCUUGUCAGUGAAGUAUCACCAUGUUUGACCUGAUGGCCUUUGUUCUUAUCACAUGUAGAACAGUUGCUAGUCCACAGCCUGGUUCUCUCACCUUUAUACAGAAGGCUUGUCUGUAGUCACACUUCAGAGCCCCAAAGUACCUGCAGUGUAGAAGACAUACAGAAUAAAGACGCAUCUUUAGUCAUUUGGUUAUUCUGGAGAAUUAGAAAGAGUCUUUAUCUGACAUGCAUGCUACUUGAUCCAUGUGGUUUGGUAGUGGAUCCCCUAAAGAUGUUUGAGGGUGGGAGUAAGUUUGACAGCUCCUUGUUCUGAUACCACUCUGGAUGACAUGUAGGAAGACCGACUCUGAUUCAUAAUGCGAGAAAGAUUUUUCUCACAGUCAGCCUUCUGUUUUUCACCUAUGAAAUAGGAGUGACUUAAAAAAUGGUUAUUGUCAGUGUUGGCAAGGAAGCACUGCAGCGGAUACACUCUUGGUAGGAGUGAGAAUGAGUAUAAUCUUUCUGAAAAACAUUUAUCAGAAACUUAAAGUAUUUAUACUCUGAUCCAAUUUUUCCCCCUAAGGAAUGGUCAUAAAUGCAGACAAAGUUCAGAUAUAAGUAUACUCAUGAAGCGUUAUUUACUUUACUUAAGAACUAGAAACCAACUACAUGCUCUCUGCAGAAGUAAUUUCUGAUGAGACUAAGUCAGCAGUUAGGUUUAACAUGUUUCUUAUGCACCCAUUACGUGCUGGGGGAAGAAGCAGAACACAGCACAGGCACAGCGAGGUCUCAGCCUUGUACACACGCAUCGUAUAUAGCUACUACUGUGUAUUAAUAGGUUUGUGAAGAAAGAAGAAAACAGACCAAAACAUGAAUAAGUGUAAGAAUGGUUAUAUGUGAUUCAGUUUCCCUUUUUGUACCCUCAUGUGUUUUCUCAGUUCUCUGCAGUGAUCGUAUUACUUCCAUAAUUAAAAAAAUAAAUCUGUGGCAAGAAUCCCAUUUAAGUUAAGGUCGGUCAUCUUUAAAAAUACAACAAUAUGUGAUUUAAAAACCCCAAAAACCUGCCAAAUGGGUAUGACCUUACUAGUAACUAUUAUAAAUAUAUUUGCAAAAACAGCAAGUACCUCAAAUCAGCUUGCCUUGAAAACAUUAAAAUAUAUAUAUAUGUGUGUAUAUUGAGGAAAUGUGCAUAAAAGAAUGGUUCAUAAUCUUUGAGUAAGAGGAUCCCUCCUCGAUUUUAUACUUUAAAAAUUACAUAUGGUAAAAAAUUCAAAAUGGUAUAUAAAGCUAUACGAUUUAAAGGAAGUCUGCCUCUUCACAUCUUACCCCCCCAGUACUGUUCUCCAAAGGUAACCUCUACUAACAAUUUCUUAAUGUAAUUUUCAGAAAGUUUUUGCGCUUCUAUAAGCAAAUAUGUAAUCUUUAUUUUUAAAUAAAUGGGAUCAUAUUAUAUAUACUA